AUGAAACCUCAAAAAAGCAUUAUAAAAGAACUAAAAACAUAUUAACAUAAUCUCAACAAUUCUAACAAAGAACGAAAGAAAUUUAACAUAAAUGAUUUUCCUAAUCUAUCUCGAAAACCUAUUGAAUGGACAGAUUGUGAUUAAUUUAUAAAGCUCAGACUAUUUAAAUGUGAUAAAAGAUUGGCUAUUAAAUUAUGUUAACAAUAUAAAAUUCAUAGAUCAGAUUAAUAAUUUUUUGAUACCGUAUAGAAUGUAAAUAUUGAAAAUAAUGAAUAUAAGAAAAUUUAAAAUGUUACUUAUUUUAUAUUAUGUAUUAGAGUACUUCGUUUUUAUUAAGACAAAUAAGAUAAAAUCAAUAAAGCAAGUAAAAACAUAGAAUGGAAUUUUAAGAAUCCUAAUUCGACAGUAAGAUGUCAUCAAUUCUGGACUAGUCUUUUUCAAAAUUCUAAAAAUCUUUAGACAAACAUAUUGAAAUAGAAAAUAAUUUUUUGCAUACUUAUAAUUUAAAAGUAUUAACAAAAGAACAAUUGUUAAAGAAAUUAUAAUAAUUGUAAUACUAUUGAUUAGUAUUAGAAACAAAGGUCUGAAACAAAAUUUAUAAACUGAAAAUAUUUAAUCAAAUGAAUCAAUACCAAAAGUUAGUUUACCUGCAACUCUUACAUCUGUAAGGAAUUAUAAUUUAUCAAUAAGAUACAUCGAUCAUAAACUGAAAGGAAAUAUUCGAAAGCAUAAUCACCAAUGUCAGUGUUAUAGACAUAGAGAGAAACAAAAGUAAAUUUUGCAAAAACAUAGAUACGAUGGUAAUUACAUUAAAAAAGCAACAGAUCAUUAUAACAUAUUAAUAAGAUAAAAGAAGAUAAAAUUACAUUAAAUCCUUCUCUUUCAAAAGAAUUACAUAGUUUAAAGAAUAUUGGUACUUUUAAUGAGAUAGGAUAAGAAAAGAAUAAAAGACAUAAAACAAAUUAUAGUUUAAUCAAACACAUCGGUGGUUUUGGCUGA